CAUACGGCUGCGGACUCCGCGAGCUGCCAAUUAUUUGGCCCAAUUUCCGAGAGAACUUGGAGCACAUGUCGCCCGUGAAGCAUGGCAGGGGGACGAAGUGGGGAAAACUGACAUUGGUCGAGAAUCCCACCAAGCCCGUGACCCAAGGUUUUAAGGGGCCUGUCUGCGACAAGGUGCCUCGGAUCAUCAACCUUCAAGGGAAGAACCCUGUCCUACUGUCCACGUUGUUCUUCACUUCCUUCGCCGCCGCUCAUCGUGAGGACGCCUUGCUUUUGGCAACACCUGCCGAAUUCUCCAAGAACCGAUACCGCCUUAAGGCCACGGCCGCCGCAGGCGUUGCCUUUACCCGUGAGCGAAUGUCGCGGCUCAUCAGCACCCACUUGGGCCGCCAGUUAGCCGAGGAAAGUGUCGAACAAAACACCUACAUUGGUCGCGGGAAGAAGUCGCCAAUUGGGGGUGCCGCCCAGACGACGAUCGACCUCGGCUACAUCAGCAGCGGGCAUUGCUGCUUCUCUCUCAGGAGGAAAGACGGCGGCGGAAUAGAGGCGGUCGUCAAGGACACGUCGAGCAAUGGCACAUACGUGGACGCCGUCCGCGUGCCUAAGGGGACUACCAGGGCCUUGACUACGGACAACCAGGUGGCGCUGUAUUACCCCAUGGGCGCGACCGCCCUCGGGCGUCCCAUCCUCUACAACCUCGAGCUCUACGAGCAGGAGUUCGAGAAUGCUAUCAAAGAAGGGGUCGGUGCUCCGUCCGGCAAGGCGAAGCGAUCGAAGUCAUCCGAGAAGAUCACCAGCAAUCCCAAUACCACCUACAACAACGCCAGCAACGGCAGCAUAAGUAACACCAACGCCAACGCCCAGGGCAGCAGCGGCAGCGGCACCAGCAGCAAUUCCCCCGUGGAUCUAGGUGGCGCUGCCAAGUCGAUGAAUCCCCCCGCGACUAUGGCGAAGCCGGGCAUGCCAACUCAACAGCAGCAGCAGCAGCAUAAGGGAAAGGCGACGGCCGUCCCUACUCUGGGGCCUACGUCUACCCCCGCCCCGGGCGGCAACGAGUGGCUGGAUAGCCAGGUGAAGAUGCGGCAGGAAGCCGUGGCGAAGGCUACCAGGGAGCUGGAGGCCGACCGGGAGCGCAUGGCCAACGACGCCCGCAGCCUGCGGUCCCAGCUGGAGGUCGCAGUCUCGAGGAACAAGCAGCUCGCGGCGGACAGGAAUGCGUUGCAGGUGGGUGGGUCUGGCCGGGGGCAAGCCGGACCGGAAUGA